UGAUGGUGGUGAUGGUGGUGGUGGUGGCGGCAGCUGAGCCCAUCUCCUGGACGGGUAACACGAAGAGAGGCCUGUCAUUCCAAUCAGAGAACCUCCCUACAGAUGACUCGUACGCCUCCCUCUACCUGACCUCCAACAUGACCUCCACCGCCGACCUCUCCAUGUGUGUGUGGGUGAAGGUGCUGCACUUCAAAGAGUCAUCGUCGUAUUUGUUGUCUUAUGCCACCUCUGACCUCAACAAUAAUGAGAUGAACUUAGCUAUCAAACCGUCCCAAUUAAUGAUUGCGAUAGGAGGAACUUACCUGCAUCAGAAAAAGACGCCACUAACCUACCUGCCUGAUGUCUGGUACCAUAUCUGCUUCGUCACCAGCCAACAGGACUCAAGGGGUACUUUUUAUCUGAAUGGGAAGAAGUCAACCUCGUUCAAACUCCCUAAGAGAGACAUACUACUGAACGGCUCCCUGACACUCGGACAAGAGGCUGACAAGGUGAACGGCGGGUACCAAGCCCAACAGUCCUUUUCUGGGAUCAUUACGGGCUUCAACAUGUACUCAAGACAACUACGUGGAGAGGAGGUGGAGGCGCUAGCUGGCUGUGAGGUGGAGGAGGUGGAAGGUGACCUGGUAGGGUGGAGGACUGCUGUUUGGUCUGUGAAUGGUGACGUCACACAGGUGGAUCUCAGCGUGGAGGAGUACUGUACCCCUGAAAGGUUUCGGUUCACGGUCUUUCCCCAGCGUCGGAAGUACACUGUAGCACAUGUCUUCUGUACCAAGUUGAAGACCUCCCUCGCUGUGCCCAAGAAUAGCGAGGAGAACACCGCCCUGUAUGACGCCUCUGUGAUCCUGGUGGAGAGAUGUCAGCCAGCCAAUCAUGCCUUUCUCUAUUUCUGGUUGGGUGCUUAUGAGAUGGACAAUGGCAUUUGGACUGAUGCCAAGGGCUCACGUCUCAACUUUACCAACUUCGACGACACCACCAUUAAGAAAUCAAAGAACUGCUCAGGGUUUAAAGUCCCACCUUAUACUGAAAACUGGGACCAAAUCUCCUGCACUUCAACUUAUGAGUUCUGUAUGGGGUGUGAGGAGGUGGAGCCAACUGUCCUGAAGAUGCGGGGGUUGUGUGAGCAGUACCUACAGUCAACCUACUUAAGAUUAGAACAGCACAAGGGACAAAUGCCAGCCUUUAGAGGCUUUACUAAAUACUACAUCUCAUUCGACGGGAACCACACGUGGAGUUUGAUCAAUAUGUGGUCAAGCGAGGCGGUGGCGACUUAUUUUACCUACGAGUCAGAUUUACCUUUAGGAAGACGGGAUUGGCGGACCACUGCUGACUUUCAACUGUGUGACAAGCCUGCUGGAGAGAAGCACCUGUUAUCCCUCUCCGCUUGUUACGACCACGAGUAUACCUGUGAUGAAGGCACCUGCAUCAACCUGACCCAGCGGUGUGACCUGAGGGUAGACUGUCCCGAUAAUACAGACGAGACGGGGUGUGAUAAGCUCUCCCGACCUCCUGAGUACCUCCAUUCUCUCCCUCCUCCUGGGGUCGAGUUGGGUCCUCUAUCACUCAAUACCUCUGUUACUCUGAAGGGGUUUUCACAGGUAGACAUCCGGGACAUGAAAUUAACGGUGGACUUCUCAAUCAUCAUCACCUGGUUUGACCUCCGCUUACGGUACAAGAAUCUCAAGGAUCUAUCUGACCUUAACUUUAUCCAGCCGUCAUUAGUAUGGACCCCGUCGCUGGAGUUGGUGAACGCUGAUUUCCCCAAUACCUACAAGACAGCGGCAGUACUGACAGUCGUUCGCCAGUCACCCCCUGAAGAAGACGAUCCCAGGCUACCUGCUCAUGACGAGCUGUAUGAAGGCAGUAAAAACCCAUUACGCCUUAACCAGAAGUUCAACGCGCCCUUCUCAUGCACAAUGGACCUUCGGAAUUUCCCCUUCGACAACCAACACUGUAGCCUACUUCUGCGUCUUACCUCCGCCCGCUCGGAUUUCCUUCGGUGGCACAAGAUGACUGUUGAUUACCCUGGAGAGGUCCUGCUAACGGAGUACGAGGUGGGGAAAUUCAGCAUCGACAGACAGACUAUAGACGAAUACAGCGUCGCUAGAGUGAAAAUCAACUUCUCACGACGCUACGGUUAUUACCUCCUCUCCGCCUACCUGCCCACGGUGAUGUUAAUGAUCAUCAGCUACGCCUCUCUCUACUGUAAGCGGGAGAGUCGUGACCUGAGGGUGAUGAUGGCUCUUACUACUCUGUUGGUUCUAUAUGCUCUCUAUCAACAGACCCUCUGAUGGGUUGCCCAAGACCUCGUAUAUUAAAGCUAUAGAUGUCUGGUGUUUGUUCGCUAUUACGUUUAUCUUCUCACAGGUAAUAUUCCACGUGGCUAUAGACGUCAACCUACUGUGGCUACGUCAAUUACGUCACUCGUCACGCAUCAAGGUGGAUGAAGUCGGGCCGCCAUCGGGAGGAUGUUGUA